AUGGGUGACAACACGAUUUUCGGAAAGAUGACGUCACGCGCGGCAGGCAAGCGGCAAAUCAAACCCACUGCGGUGCUCUAUGAGACGCUGAUGCAAGAGCACGCGGAUUCCGAUGAGGAGGAUGAGGAUUUUGAGAUGGCGGAUAGAUCUAUGACGUCUGGAGGUUCGGGAUCGGGUUCGGGAUCGGAAUCGGGUUCAGGUUCAGAAGAGAAUUCUGAUGAAGAGGAAGAUUCUGAAGGAGAAGAAGAGCAAAAAGAAGCUUCAGCAGAACCCCAGGAAGUUCUACCAAAAAUGAAAAUCUGUGCAGUUUGUGUAAAUCAGAAUCAUAUCGAGAAUCUUGAUGACGAGUUCAUGACUUGCGACAAUUGUCAAAUCACCGUGCACGAAUCCUGUUACCUCGGUGUAUUUCUCGAGGACAAUAAUUCGGACGACGCUCAAACCAGUUGGUUCUGCGAGCCUUGUAUGUAUGGGCUAAACGACACUCCGUUUUGCGAGUUUUGUCCCAGUAGAAUCGGCGCGUUCAAGCGGAGUGACGUUGGUGGAAGAUGGGUGCAUUUGACGUGUGCCCUGUUCACGCCAGGGAUAUCCUUUAGCGCUGUGGAUGUGCUGUCGGGAGUCAGUUGGCAGGAGAUUGGCAACUCGCAAUUCGGCCGGAAAUCGUGUGCGGCAUGUCGCGGAAAGCGGCUUGCGGAAAGCCGCGCGGGAAUUGUGACGCGUUGCGAGAGCGGCAUGUGUAAGGAGCAUUUGCACGCGAGUUGUGCGCAGAAAUUGGGAUUGUUGGUGGAUGAGACGGAUGAGGCGGAAGAGGCGGAAGCGGAAAAGGAGACCGCAAGCGUUUUGCGGUAUUUUUUCUGUCGGAAGCAUUCGAAUCCGGAGAAGGCGAAGAGGGAGCAGAAAAUGUGGGUUUUUUUGGGGCAAAAGUGCUUAAAAUGCAAAAAUUUGAUGAAAAUUGGCAAAAAAUCGCAUUUUUCACAAAUUUUUCCUUUAAAAAUUUGAAUUUUCCAAUUUUCCCGCUCAAAUUUUACGCUGUAAACACGGAACAUCGUUUAAAACCCGAAAACUCCUUAUUUUGGGUGAAAAAUUUGAAUUUCCCAAUUUUCCCGCUCAAAUUUCGAUGUGUAAACGCGGAGCAUCGUUUGAAACCCGAAAACUCCUUAUUUUGGGUGAAAAUUUUGAAUUUCCCAAUUUUCCCGCUCAAAUUUCGAGGUGUAAACGCGGAGUAUCGUUUGAACCCUGAAUUUAAUGGUUUUCGGUUCAAAAUUGAGCAAAAAUCACAUUUUUCACAAAUGUUUCCUUCAAAAAUUUGAAUUUCCCAAUUUUCCCGCUCAAAUUUCGAUGUGUAAACGCGGAGUAUCGUUUGAACCCUGAAUUUAAUGGUUUAUGGGUUAAAAACCGUCAUUUUUCACAAAUUCAGAGUUCAAACGAUACUCCGCGUUUACACCUCGAAAGUUGUGCGGGAAACUUGGGAAAUUCGAAUUUUCUGGGUGAAAAAUGCGAUUUUUGGUCAAUUUUGACCCAAAAACCAUUGAAUUCGGGGUUAAAACGAUACUCCGCGUUUACACUUCGAAAUUUGAGCGGGAGAAUUGGGAAAUUCAAAUUUUCUGGGUGAAAAAUGCGAUUUUUGGUCAAUUUUGACCCAAAAACCAUUGAAUUCGGGGUUUGAACGAUACUCCGCGUUUACACCUCGAAAUUUGAGCGGGAAAAUUUGAAUUUUCAAAUUUUCUUCUUGCAGAUAUUCAAUUUUCGAGCAACAAGAAAUGCGGCGAAUCACACAAUUUCGACGAAGAAAAUCACCAACUUCAGAAGAGAUUCGAAAUCGAAAUUGGAUGCAGAAAAAGCUGGAAUCGCACUUUGAUCUACCUGAUAAUACGAUAAAUAUUCCCACAGAGGUACGGUAGGGUUUUUUGUUUUUUGGAGCCAAAAAUCCGUGAGAAAUGGUGGAUUUUAACCUAGAAACACCCUAAAAUGACCCUAAAUACCUUAAUUUCAAUUCCAGGCCAUCGAAAAGACACGCCGUGCUCGACUUUUUGAUAACUUCUCCCGAAUUUUUCGAUCGCUUCGAGACCAAAUCAAUGGAUUGCGGAAAAUCGCGAGAAGAAUUCCGGGAGCCGUUUUUCGAUGUGAAAUUGACGAAUUCGUGGCCGAUUCCGAUUGGAUUCUCUAAAGAAUAUAUGGAGUGAGUUGCGCCUGAAAAGCCUGAAAAAGGCCUGAAAAUUGGGCCUAAAAUGAGCCUAAAAUCAUGAAUUUUGACCGAAAAUUGGCCUGAAAUGGGCCUUAAAAUUAGGCUUGAAAUUAGCCAUAGAAUAAGCCUAAAUUUAGUCUGAAAAUAGGCCCAAAUUUAGCCUGAGAAUAGGCCUAAAUCUAGCCUGAGAAUAGGCCUGAAAAUAGGCCUAAAUUAAGCCCUCAUCUAGCCUGAAAAUAGGCCUGAACUUAGCCUGAAAGUAGGCCUAAAAAUAAGCCUAACUUUAGCCUGAAUUCAGCCUGAAAACGAGCCUAAAUUCAUGAAUUUUGACCGAAAAUUGGCCUGAAAUGGGCCUUAAAAUUAGGCUUGACUUGGGCCUAAAAGAAGCCUAAAUUCAGCCUGAAAAUGGGCCUAAAUUAAGCCCUCAUUUAGCCUGAAAAUAGGCCUGAACUUAGCCUGAAAGUAGGCCUAAAAAUAAGCCUAAAUUUAGUCUGAAAAUAGGCCUGGAAAAUAGCCUGAAAAUUAGCCUGAAAAUAGGCCUAGAAAACGGGCCUAAAAUCAUAUUUUUUGACCGAAAAUAAGCCUGAAAUGGGCCUUAAAAUUAGGCUUGAAAUAAGCUUAAAUUUAGCUUGAAAAUAGGCCUAAGCCUAAGCCUAAAUUUAGCCUGAAAACAGGCCUUAAAAUAAGCCUAAACUUAGCCUAGAAAACGGGCCUAUUGGGCCUUAAAAUUAGACUUGAAAUGAGCCUGAAAAUAGGCCUAAAAUAAGCCUGAAAACAUGUUUCUAGGUUCAAAAUUUAUCAAAAAAUGCAAAUUUUUCACUAAAAAUCCUGAAUUUCAACCUGAAAUCGAUAUUUUUAGCUGAAAAUUCAUCAAAAAUCACCAAAUUUUCAGCUACAUAACCUACCGUGAUUUCACACAAAUUCCCGAAGAAGAGGAAAAAGUUGCAAAAUUGCGAGACGCCGUAAAAUUGGCCAAACAAAAACAGGAGAAACUCGAAAAAUCGGCGGAAAUUUCGGCGAAAAUCGCCGAGAAUUCGCGAAUUUUGGGAGAAAAAUCGCGCGAAAUCGACGCGUUUUUCGAAGUUUUGAGCGGAUUUUACGCGGAAAAAUCGGGCGAAUUUGACGCGUUUUUUGAGCAAUUUGGACAUAGAAACAAGAAGGAGAAGAAGAAGAAAUUGGCGGCGAAAAAUGAGGAGAAUUUGGAGAAGAAUUGUGCGAUUUGUGGAGAGGUACGGUAGGCUUUUUGGCCUGGAAAAUCCACGUUUUUUGACACCCAAUAAGCCUUGGUUCACUCAAAAAUUUGAAUUUUCCAAUUUUCCCGCUGAAAUUUGAAGGUGUUAUUGCGGAGUAUCGUUUGAAAUGGGUUUAUGGCUAAAAUUAUCGAUUUUUCACUCGAAAACCAAAUUUUCUAGUCAAAAUAUUUGAAUUUUCAAAUUUUCCCGCUCAAAUUACGAGGUGUAAACGCGGAGUAUCGUUUGAAAUGGGUUUAUGGCUAAAAUUAUCGAUUUUUCACUCGAAAACCAAAUUUUCUAGUCAAAAUAUUUGAAUUUUCAAAUUAUCCCGCUCAAAUUUCGAGGUGUAAACGCGGAGCAUCGUUUAAACCCUGAAUUUAAUGGUUUUCGAGUUGAAAUUGACAAUAAACCAAAUUUUCUAAUCAAAAAAUUUGAAUUUUCAAAUUUUCCCGCUCAAAUUACCAGGUGCAAACGCGGAGUAUCGUUUAAAAUGAUUUUUGGCUCAAAAUGAGUCAUUUCUGCUCAUUUUUAUAUCAAAAUUUAUUAUUUUCACUCAAAAAAAAUCCUGAAAUCAAUUCUAGGCUAAAAAUGCUCAAAAUUAUCGUUUUUUGGCUCAAAAUUCAUAAAAAAUUCCAUUUUCAGACCUCAAAUCAGCACAAAAUCACAUCCUGCGAUGAAUGUCACAAAUUCUACCACAUUUUCUGCCUAAACCCUCCACUUUCUCGAUUGCCAAAAAGAUCGACGAAAUUCGGAUGGAUUUGUGAGGAUUGUAAUGAAACAUCGACUGAAAAUUCGGAAAUUUCCGAAGAAAACUCUGAAGAAAAACGAGAAGAGACGCCGGAAAAUCAGAUAAAUUUGAGAAGUUCGAGGAAUCGACGACCUCCUAAUAGACAUUCUGCUUUUUUGGAGCAUUGA